AUGGUCACCGCAAAGAGACUCCUGCAGAUGGCCAGGAAGUGGCACAGGAUGGCCGUCGCGGGGAGACGAAGGAUCUCCUCGUCCAAACCGGCCGAAAGAACGCCCGCGGAGCCGAGCAGCAGCCCCUUUUCCUCUGCACCCAGCAAGGGAAGCUUCGUCGUCUACUCUCGGGACGGGGGACGCUUUGUGGUUCCCUUGGCGUACCUCAAUACCUUUAUCUUCCGGGAGCUCCUCGAGAUGUCGGAGGAGGAAUUCGGAUUACCUAGCGACGGCCCCAUCGUGAUGCCGUGCGACGCGGCUGUCAUGGCGCAAGUCUUCUCGGCUCUCCGCAGACGGGCGUCUCGAGAGGCGGAGAAGGCGAUAAUCGGCGCCAUCGCCGGCUCCCGGUGCUGUUCCUCAGCCGCGCUGCCGCUAGGCAUUGACCAGCGGCUAUUACUUGUCCCUGGAUUCUGA